AUGAAACCUGUCAAACAUUUGUUGGCCUCUAGUAAUAAACUGGCAGGUGUUCCAGAAUUAACUUAUAAAAGAAGAGUUCUUAAUUCACCAUUGCCACCUAAAAAAAGUGAAAAGCAUACUACAAAAUUAGCACAUGAUAAGACCACUGAACCAAUGGUCUUAAGAUCUCCACCCACAGGAGAAUCCAUCAUAAGGUAUGCUUUGCCCAUUCCAUCAAGUAAGACAAAGGAGCUAAUAGCAGAGGAUGAAUCAAUCAGGAAAAUUACCAAACGUCUGAAAAUGGUUGCUUCUAAUUUGGAAAAAACCUAUGGAUUUUACAUUCAAAAUGGAGAACAACCAGCUGCAAAGGCCGGAAGUGAAGAACUAACUUUGUCUGUUGGGGAUGACCUGAAUUCAAGCUUGGUAUCUACUUCACAAUUUGCAGUUGAUUUAGAUGAAACAUUAAAGGAAGAAAAAAAGAUUUUGGAAUCUCUCUUCAAGUGGUUUCAACAGCAAGUUAAUCAGAUGGAAGAGAUAAAUAAAGGUCAAUUUAUUUCAGAAGCAGAAGUACCAGCACCUAGUAAUACUAUCAUUCUUAGCAUUUCACAAAUAAUAAAUCAACUGAAAAAACUUAAAGAGCUGAAAAGUCGCCUUACACAAAAGUCUAGGUUCUCCUUGGAAACCAUAUUGCCUAAAGCCAAGGAUAUUGAAGCUACACCAGAAGAAAAUCAGAGAUAUGAAAUUAUACAGCAAAAAAUUCAAGACUUUAUAAAGGCACACUCAAUUGAAGCAAAUGUGGAUGUUGGUGAAAUGAAGUCACAAACUGCUUAUUCACUGACUAAUCAAUUUAAUACCAUGUUGAAAAUAUUUGAAAAACAGUCAAAUAAGUUGGAGAAAACUGUAAAUGAACAAAGUUUGUUAGAAACUAAAUACAAACAGAUGGAAAGUGAUCUCCAAGUGUUAUCAGAGGAGAAACAGUCACUUGAAAAUGAACUACAAAAGCUAAAGAAUUUAGAGAAAACAAAGCCUACAUCUACACAAACAAAGAAAACAGCAAAAGGAGAGAAGAAAAAAGACAAGGGAAAACAGGCAAAUUCAGAAGAGUAA